AUACCACACGUCUUCUGUUUAACGGUCUUCCGACGGAAGAAGCAGCGGCGUUUCAACGACAAGCAGAAAUCAGUUCUUCUCUUCCCCAAACAUGUAGUCGCGUUAGAAACUCUAAGAAACAAUGAUUUACUCAUUAAAUGAGUCUUCUGAUAAUAUUUAAAACUUAUUUAAAAGCUGUAGGUAACUUUUGAAGUCGAUCAUCUUGUCUAACGGAGGGUGAAAAUGGUGAACUACGGUCUCUUGUCUAAGAAAAAUGAGCCAGUGCCUCUGAAGAGCAUCUCAGUGGAGGUUCGGGUUCAGGAUCAUGUAGCCACAGUCUCCUCCACUCUGCAGUAUGUGAAUGAGGAAGAGCGCCCCCUGGAGGCCUUGUUCGUCUUCCCUCUGCCUGCUGAUGCUGCUGUCUGCCACUUCAGUGCCAAGAUCGGAGAGCAGGAGAUUGUGGCAGAGGUGCAAGAAAGAGAAACUGCGAGGGAUCGUUAUGAUGAUGCUGUGAGUUCGGGUCAGCAGGCGUUUAUGUUGGAAGAGAGCAAAGAGAGUCCUGAUGUGUUCAGACUGAGUGUCGGGUGUCUGUCGCCGGGUCAGAACGCUGCCGUCACCAUCAUCUACGUCACCGAGCUCGCUGUGCAGGCCGACCACUCGCUGCGCUUCUGUCUGCCGGCUGUACUCAACCCCCGAUACACACCAGCAGGUUCAGCUGCUGGUAUAGUCUCAGAGAUUUCAUCAGGAUGUGGAUCUGUUCCCUACACGCUGACUCUCAGUGUCCAUGUGAGCUCUCCAAAGCCCAUCUCCAAACUAGAGUCCAGCUGCACUCUGGAUCCUCUAGUGUUCCUCCACUCUGAUCACACUCAGGCGACGGUGAAUCUGAGUCCUGGUCACAUGUUUGAUAAGGACGUUGAGCUGUUUGUGUUCUAUCAGGAUACCCAUCAGCCCUCUGCUAUAGUGGAGGCAGGAGUGACCACUGCCCCAUCAGGCUCUCUGAUGAGGGACCCAGUGAUCAUGAUAAGUUUGUACCCAGAAUUCCCAGAGGAAGUGAUGUCAUCACUGGCAACACAAGGCGAGUUUGUUUUUGUGAUUGACAGAUCAGCCAGUAUGAGCAACACGCGGAUAGAAAGUGCAAAGGACACUCUGCUGUUACUGUUGAAGAGUCUGCCCAUGGGAUGCUACUUCAAUAUCUAUGGAUUUGGCUCUCGUUUUGAGUCCUUCUACCCUAAGAGUGUCGAGUACAAUCAGGACACAAUGGAUGAGGCUCUGAAGAGAGUGAAGGAAAUGAAAGCAGACUUGGGCGGCACACAGAUUUUACAGCCUCUAAAACACAUCUACAGUCAGCCCUGUUACCCAGACCACCCCAGACAGCUGUUCAUCUUCACUGAUGGAGAGGUGGGAAACACUAAAGAGGUGCUGGAUCUGGUGAAACAUCAUGCUCACUCUCACAGGUGUUUCUCAUUCGGGAUUGGUGAGGGUGCAAGUACCGCCCUCAUCACAGGAAUGGCCAGGGAGGGAUCUGGUCAUGCUCAGUUCAUCACAGGCACCGACCGCAUGCAGCCCAAAGUGAUGCAGUCCCUCAGGUUUGCGCUGCAGCCCGCUGUGGUUAAUAUCUCUGUGGAUUGGACCCUUCCAGAUGGCAUUACUGUUGACACACUGUCUCCACCCAUCAAUGUGCUCUUCCAGGGUCAAAGGUCACUCAUUUACGGCCACCUUAAAGGAGAGAGUUCAGGAGGCUCUGAGGGAACAGUGACAGUCAAAUACAGUCUUAAAGAUCAACCAGUAACAAACCAGCUCCACUUCUGCCUCAAACCAACUGAGGAAACAGGGUUGGCUCUCCACCGGCUGGCGGCUCGAACCCUGAUCCGUUCUCUGGAGAAGGAGGAAAGGUCAGGUGAUAGAGUUGUGUUUGGCAUCAGGAGCAGGAUAGUGGAGCUCAGUGUUCAUGCAGGAGUGAGCAGUGUUCAUACAGCCUUCAUUGCCAUUAAUAAAGACAGCAGACAGACUGUGAAAGGACCCCUGCUGCAGAGAAGAGUGCCGAUAUACGCCAGACGAUGUGUAGCACCGAUCCGUGGGUCACUGCCAGUAGCGUCUGAUUGCUGGUUGAUUGAUGAAGACUGUGAUCAUUGGUCAUCAGAUGAAUUUGAUGAUGGGGAUGAUGGGGAUGACGGGGAUGACGGGGAUGACAUUGAUUACGAAUCGCCAGCAGACGUUUAUUCGGAUGAAGAAAGAGAUGUUAUUUCUAAGACUGAAGCUGCGCUGUCUUGUCAAACAGAAUCUGUAGGGAAAAAAAGGGCCGCUCCUGACCCCCAGGAUGACCUGUUACUCCAGCUGGUUUCUCUCCAGAAGGCGUCAGGCUGCUGGGAGCUGGACGCCACACUGGCUGAUGUGUUUGGGAAGACGGAGGAUGAACUGACCAAUCAGAAACCAGCACAGGUGGAUGGGUCAGUAUGGGCCACUCUCCUGGCUCUGAUCUGGUUAUACGGCUGUAAAAUAGAGCAGCAGGUCGAGUGGCAGUUUGUGGCCAUGAAGGCAGCGUCAUGGAUCGGCUCUCAGAAAGUGGGCGAUCUGUCUCAGUGUGUGUGUGAGGGUAAUGUCCUGCUCGGAUGUCAUGUGACCAAAGAGGCUCUGAGAAUCUGAAGACGUCAGUGUUUCUACUUCCUGUGCCAUCAGAAGACAAAAGAUCUGUUGUUUCAUUUUCUGUAACUGAACUCUGCUUCAUGUUUUAUUAACAUUUAGACCAUUUUAUUAGCGCAACAAAUUGUAAAUGUAUGUGACCUGUGGCAUUAUAUUUAUGUCACUCUGACCUAGAAACGCAUUUUGAGUUUUAUGACAUAUGACUUAUUUUUGUAGGCCAAAACCCUGAAGCCAGUGGGUCAAUGCCGAACUGGUAAAAUCAUCUAGUCACUAGUCCACUUUCACAGCCUUGUCGUCUUUAUAAUCACAUUAUCAUAUGUAAUUAUAAUUCUAACUUCAAUUUUUAGGGGAAAUGUUUUUAAACAAAGACUGGACGAGUUGUCAGAAGUUUAGUGAUGGUGACGUUGAAGUCACAUGACCAUGGUGCCAAGCUUUUUUACUUUUGUCGAUUAUAUUUACACUUUAAGAUUCAUAAAGUUGUGAAGAUUAUCACAAUGAACAAAACAUGUAAGAAUCAUAA